AUGCUGAUGAACCACACCAACCAAACAGAAGAUGAUCUCUUCUCCUGCUACAGUCCUUCAGUUGUGGGCUACCGAUACUUUGCUGUGCUGUGGGGAUGUGCUGUGACCAUCACCGGUACGUUUGGGAACCUGAUGACUAUUCUGGCCUUUGUGUUGGACUCCCGUCUGAGAACUCGCUUUAAUGUGCUCAUCAUAAACCUGGCUGUGGCUGACUUGCUGUACUGCACCAUACUGCAACCUAUCAUAGUUGACUCUUAUCUACACCUCAGAUGGCGCAGUGGUCCGCUCUUGUGCAGAAUAUUUGGGCUGCUCCUCUUCCUCUCCAACUCUGUUUCCAUUAUCACCCUCUGUCUGAUAGCAUUAAGUCGAUAUCUGCUGGUGGCAAAAAGGGCAAUUUUUGACCGGCUCUCCUCCAACCUUGGGCUAAGUUUACUCCUACUGUCAGCAUGGGGACUUGGUCUGGCCAGCUUUGGCCCUCUGUGGUCUGUUUAUGUGUUUGUGCCACAGGUGUGUACAUGCAGUUUUCAUCGGACCAGGGGUCGCCCUUACACCACCAUCCUGCUUUUUUCCUAUUUUGGUUUUGGACUGGGAUUUGUUGGUGUAUUCUGUCUCCUCAUUUACAGACGUGUCAGGAUUGCAUCAAGGGCUCUGCUCCGCUACAGAUUCAGCCGCCGGUCAUCCAGAAAGAAACCAGCAUCUUCUUCACAAUGGACUGA